ACAAAACUUAGUACCCUGUUUUAUCCCACGGUCCGUGAACGCAUCAGUUGCGCGCGGAAAAGAAACAAUCAUGGCUGAAGCGCUGUCUGACAGUGAAGAAGUGGCUCUAAAGCCAAGACCAAAACGAAGACGCAUCCUCGACCCCUCAGCUAUCGUCCCAGUGCCCGUCUACUCCAGUAAGGUAAGCAAAAGCCUGCAGUUGAAGCCAAUGAAAGCCAUCCUUACUGAGCAGAAAGACACAGGCAGCGUUGUAGAUGAGAGUUUGUGGUCAGAGUUUUCAUCUCAUAAUCCAGCAGCGGCCAUCUCUACCUUGAGCGACUCCGAGGAGGAAACAGAACAUGAAGAGAAGAAAACACAGCGAGAAGAAGUCCGCUGCUGUUCUCCUUCUCCUCCAGACAGUCCAGUCAACAAACACUCGAGACAGUUCCUGAAGAAGAUGAGUGAGAUUGACAGAAAGCUUCAGGCGGUGAACUCCCUCCUGUCUCCUGAACCUCAAGACAACAGGUCCAGGCGACGGAAAAAAAUCCUUCCUCCAGAGUAUGACGAUGAUGUCAUCAUUUUGAACCCAAACAAUGAUGACGACAAUGAUGAUGAUGUUGUUGUCUUAAGCACAAACUCUGAAGUUCAGAGUUCCCCUUACAGCUCGUCAGUUCGGGAGAUCCCGCUGAAGAUCCGCUGCAGAACAGACAUCCACAAGAUCCCGGUGCUGUCGUCGACGCCUUUAAGUGACGUUGUGGAGAAGCUCUCCAUCAUCCUGAAGGUUCCUCCUCCUCGCCUCCUGCUGCUGAGGAAAGACGUGGAACUCCCAACAGACUCCACAGUCAGCGAGCUCGGCCUCAGCAUUGCAGAUAUCAUAGAGUGUGACGUCAUGGCAGCGGAGGAGCAGAGUGCAGCAGUCAGCAGUGGCAGCAGCAUCACUGUGAGGCUGCAGAGCAAAGACAGAAACUCCUCACAGGAGUUCACCCUGCACAAGGACGCUCCGUUGGGCUCAAUCUUCUCCCAGUACACCUCCAACUUGUCAGUCAUUAACAAGAGAAAACUAAGCUUCCAAUUCGACGGCUCCAAAGUGACAGCCAACCAGACGCCAGCUCAGCUCGACAUGGAGGACGGUGACAUCAUCGAAGUUUGGACUUAACCAUUUAGGUUCCCUGUAUUUAACAAGAAAUGUAUGAAAAAUAUGUGAUCUGAAUCCAUUGUUCAAUAUUUGUAAAUAUAAAUUUAUUUAUAAAAAUAAAUGCAACACA